AAGUAGGAAUAACGAAAUUUAACUAAACUGAAUUAACCUUACUUGAACGAGAAGCUGGAUACAAUUUAGCUAUAAGCGGAAUCGAUGAUUUAGUUAAUUACUAUAAAUAAGAAACAAACGGUGAAUUAAAGAAUAUUUUAAAACCAAAAAUAAAUGCUUUUUUAGAUGAUGCAGCAAAUAUGAAAAAAUAAGUUGAUUUUUUAAAAUAAUAAUAAUAACAAUAAUAAAAUCCAUAAAACAAUUAAUAAAAUAAAUGUAAUGAUAAUUAAUAAUAAAGCAAACUGAAUCCAUAAAAUAAUAUUACAAGUCCUACAAAAGAAGAAAACAAAGAAGGUCAAAAAUUUGAAAAUGCCCUUAGUGAGGCUAUAGUGACUGAAAAACCAAAUGUACACUGGGAUGAUGUUGCAGGUUUACAUAAUGCAAAAAAAGCAUUACAUGAAGCCGUAAUUUUACCAAUGAAAUUUCCUGAUAUAUUCACCGGUUCUCGAUAGCCUUGGAAAGGUAUACUUCUAUAUGGACCUCCGGGUACUGGAAAAACCUUUUUAGCCAAAGCUUGUGCUACUGAAUGCGAAGCGACUUUUUUUUCCAUUUCUAGUUCCGAUUUAAUAUCUAAAUGGGUAGGAGAAAGUGAGAAAUUGAUUAAAACUUUAUUUAAAAUAGCAAGGGAAAAAAAACCUUCUAUUAUAUUUAUUGAUGAAAUAGAUUCUAUGACUGGUUCAAGAUCAGAUGGAGAAAAUGAUGCUACAAGAAGAGUAAAAACGGAGUUUCUUUGCUAAAUGUAAGGUGUAGGAAAUGAUGAUACUGGAAUAUUGGUUUUGGGUGCCACUAAUAUUCCAUGGGGAUUAGAUCCGGCUAUUAGGAGAAGAUUUGAGAAAAGAAUAAUGAUUCCUUUACCUGAAAAAGAGGCUAGAAUGGCAUUAUUGAAUAAUUUAUUGAAAAAACACCGAAUGAAUUAAAUUAAGAGGAAGUUAAUUUUAUCGCAGAUUAGACUGAUGGAUAUUCGGGGUCUGAUUUGUCUAUUUUAGUUAGAGAUGCGUCUUAUGAACCAUUAAGAAUAGCUUAGAGAGCAACUAGUUUUAAACUUGUGGUAGAUCCGAAAGAUGGAGUUCAAAAAUGGGAAGCAUGCGCACCUUCUGAUCCGGAAGGAAAACCAAAUAAUUUAAUGAAUAUUUAAGGAAAUCUUUUAAAAUUGUCAAAUGUUACUUUAGAUCACUUCGAAGUGGCUUUAACUAAAUGUAAACCAUCAGUUUCUCCUUAAGAUAUUGUAAAAUAAAUUUAGUUUACUUAAGAAUUUGGAUAGGAAGGAUGAUAAUAUUAUUAUAUAUAUAAAAAAUAUAAAUUUAUAUGAUUUUUUUAUUAUAUAUAUUUUAUAUUUUUUAAAAAUUUUUAUAUAUAUAUUAAUUUUUUUG